ACUAACUAAUCUCCUGGCCCAAAAGAAAUACUCGAGUAGAAGGAUUCUUGUUGAGACGAGCUUUGUGGCUUUUACAAAUUAGUAGUCUCCUCUCUUUUGUGAAACUCUCAAAGUUUUGACUCCCUUCAGCUUCAACUCACAAAACAGAGUAACCCCACAAAUUAUUUUGCUAAAUUUUUCAUCAAGAUUCAAUUUUUACAAUGUCUACCCUGCCAACAGACCUCAUCGUUGAUAUCCUCUCAAGAUUUUCUGUUAAGACCCUUUUGAAGUUCAGGUGUGUUUCGAAAUCAUGGUGUACUUUAAUCCGUAGCCCUGAAUUUGUCAAAACCCAUCUUAGUGUAUCUGCUAAAAACAAAGAUCACACACACCACAGGCUUGUAUGGACAGAGAAUAGGGAUUUGUUCACUUCUAGGGACAUCAAACAACACGUUCUUAGGGAAUGUUCUGUUAGCUCAUUACAUAAUGAUUCUGUGGUUGAGUCAUUAGACUUGAAUUAUCCCUUGAAAAACCCGGAACUAAGGGUUUGCAUUGUGGGUUCGGUUAAUGGAUUGAUAUGUCUUGACAUUGAGGAUAAUGAUUUGGUUUUAUGGAAUCCAACACUUAGAGUGUACAGGAAAUUGCCUGAUUCUAGACUUAGAGUAAGUGGUGGUUCCCGUCUCGAUAGAAUUACUAGUGUCAUGUAUGGUUUUGGAUAUGAUGAGUUCAGUGAUGAUUAUAAGGUAGUAGGUGUGCGUUGUAGUUGCACACGUUAUCCGCUUGAGGUCAAAAUAUAUAGUCUAAAGAACAAUUCUUGGAGAACUAAAGGGGAUAUUCUGGAAGUGGUGCAAUUAACUAAGCCAUGUAAGUUUUUAAAUGGGAAGCUUCAUUGGGUUAAUGAUAUGAAUGGUGGUUUUCGUAACUACGGGAACAUCAUUUCAAUUGAUUUGGCUGAUGAGAGAUGGGGAAAGGUGGAGCAGCCUGACUAUGGAAAAAAAAACUUUUCUUUGAAGCUUGAAAUGUUGGGAAGUGAUCUGUCUGUGUUUUGUAACUAUAAGACUGUGAGUCGUAACUUUAUGACGACGAGUCAUGCAGAUGUGUGGGUUAUGAAAGAGUAUGGAGUUAAAGAGUCUUGGACAAAAACAUAUUCCAUCAAAUAUUCUCCUAAUGUGUUUUCUGACUUUUCUCCUUUUAUUUCUUUAACAGUUUGCAUGUCAAACAAAGGUGAGAUAUUGCUUGUGCCUAGAUCGACUUUAACUGCACACAAUCCAGAGGAUGAACCUAUCAGAUAUCUAAAGGUUAUCAACUUUGGUUACUGUAAUGUGGCAAACAUCUACAUUGAAAGCCUAGUUUGUGCCCCGCUUUUCGGGACAAAUAAAGCUUAGAACAAGAACAAGAACAAGAUGCAGAAUCUCAGAUGAAUGACAAUGCUGUAUCUAAUGACUUGAGGUGAAAGCUGAUGUUAAGAACAACUAAAUCCACCCGAUACUGAUGCCACAGAUUGAAAUGAUGAAGC